UCGACUGAGCGGUCAUAGAGCUUAACAAAAAUGAAACUUUUCCCGGAAGCUUCUAGAAAACCUCAUUUAACCACUUUAAUUUGAAGGCAUUACGUGGUAUCAUAUGCCUUCUUCCCUUUAAAAAGAUUCACUAUACAUUUUUCAUCUAUUUGCCAGCCUCCAAAAUGGCGCCGGCGGCAUUGGAAGGUCAGAGGUGAGUUACGUGAUCCCUCCCGGUUCCGGCGCGAUAGAGGCCCAGGGUGGUGAACAGUCUCCGGCACGAUGUCUGGUUUCUCUGGCCUACAGGCCCAGCGUGGCCCUUGCCCGUUAGCGUUGCUGCUUUUACUCCUGCUUGGCCCCACCUCGGUCCUCGCCAUCUCCUUUCAUCUGCCCGUUAACUCCCGCAAGUGCCUCCGCGAAGAGAUCCACAAGGACCUGCUGGUGACGGGCGCGUACGAGAUCACCGACCAGUCUGGGGGCGCCGGCGGCCUACGCACCCAUCUUAAGAUUACAGAUUCUGCUGGCCAUAUUCUGUACUCCAAGGAGGAUGCAACCAAGGGGAAGUUUGCCUUUACCACUGAAGACUAUGACAUGUUCGAAGUGUGUUUUGAGAGCAAGGGAACAGGGCGGAUACCUGACCAACUCGUGAUCCUAGACAUGAAGCAUGGAGUGGAGGCGAAAAAUUACGAAGAGAUUGCAAAAGUUGAGAAGCUCAAACCUUUGGAGGUAGAGCUACGACGCCUAGAAGACCUUUCAGAAUCUAUUGUUAAUGAUUUUGCCUAUAUGAAGAAGCGAGAGGAAGAGAUGCGUGAUACCAAUGAGUCCACAAACACUCGGGUCCUGUACUUCAGCAUCUUUUCAAUGUUCUGCCUCAUUGGUCUAGCCACCUGGCAGGUCUUCUACCUGCGUCGCUUCUUCAAGGCCAAGAAGUUGAUUGAGUAAUAAAGCCCAGUCUCCUCCCACCUUGUAUCUUAGCCAGCAGAACAUCGCUGGGAUGUGCGUGGCCUAAGACAUCCUACCAGCAGCACCAUCAAGGCACGUUGGAGCUUUCUUGCUAGAACUGAUGUCUUUUGGUGUGGGAGGACGUGGGUUACCACCUACACCCAAUAAGUCAAAGAGGGACUUCUUUUUAACUUGGUAGGAUUUGGGCUGGUUUUGCAACAAUAAGACUAUUAUUAGAGUCACCUAUGACAAAAAAUAGGGGUUACCUAGAUAAUGCCAAAGCCAGCAUUUGUACUGGGUUUCCUCGUAUGAUCUGUUUGAACCAUGUUUUCUUUCCUUCUCCCACUUGCUCACCAGCUUGGGCUUCCACUCUAGUUCUUUUACCAACAUUUGUAUGACCAUGUUGAACUUGUUUCAUUCUGAUUGUCCUCUUUGGAUUUCUGUGUGACAAUACCAUUAACUUUCUCUUGACCCUUAGCUGAAAUGUUUAGAUAGCUUCUGGUGAUACCCUUUCAUAAUUUUAUGUCUCUUAAAAGUGUAGUGGAUGUGACACCUCGUAGAAAUGAGCUUUGAACUGUAGAUUACUCUUAAAGAAAAUUUCAUUUUUGAGAAUUAAAAUAUUUGUGCUCAGCCUCUUGAAUUUUUUUCUUUUUGUGUAUUUAUGUGUGUUUAGUUCUAUGCAGUUUUAUCACAUGUAUGGAUGUGUGACCACCACCACAAGAUGCAGAACCGUUUCAUCACAUGGAUCCCUUGGGGUACCCUUUUGUAGCCACAGUCCCCUCCUUCCUUAACCCCAAGCCCCAACCUCUGGCACCACUAAUCUGUUCUCCAUCUCUCUAAUUUUGUCAUUUCAAGAAUGUUAUAUAAAUGGAAUCACAUAGUGUAUAACCUUUUGAGAUUGACUUUUUUCACUCAGCAUAGUGCCCUUGAAAUCCAUCCAAGUUGUUGCAUAUAUCACUAGUUUGUUCCUCUUUAUUGCUCAUUAGCAUUUCAUGGUGUGGAUGUACCACAGUUUAACCAGUCACCCACUGAAGGACAUCACUGUUGUUUUCAGUUUUGGGCCAUUACUAAUAAAUCUGCUGUGAACAUUCAUGUACAUGUUUUUUUUUUUUUUUUUUUUUUGCGGUAUGCGGGCCUCUCACUGUUGUGGCCUCUCCCGUUGCGGAGCACAGGCUCCGGAUGCGCAGGCCCAGCGGCCAUGGCUCACGGGCCCAGCCGCUCCGCGGCAUAUGGGAUCCUCCCAGACCGGGGCACGAACCCGUAUCCCCUGCAUCGGCAGGCGGACUCUUAACCACUGCGCCACCAGGGAGGCCCCAUGUACAUGUUUUUAUGUGAACAUAAAUUUUCAUUUCUCUGGGAUAAGUGCCCAAAAGAGCAAUUGCUGGGUUAUAUGGUAAACACAUGUUUAUUUUUGUAAGAAACUGUCCUGCUCGUUUUUCAGAAUGACUGUGUCAUUUUACGUUCCCAUUAGCAAUGUAUAACCAAUCCAGUUUCUCCACAUCCUCACCAGUAUUUGCUUUUUUAAAAAAAAUUUUUUAGUCAUUCUGAGAGGCAUGUGUAAUGAUAUUCAUUGUGGUUUUAAUUUUCAUUUUCCUAUUAGUAAAUGGUGUUGAACAUCCUUUCAUGUGUUUAUUUGCCAUCUGUAUAUCUUCCUGGUGAAAUAUCUGUUCCUUUGCCCAUUUUAUGAUUAGAUUGUGUGUUCUUUUUACUACUGAGGUGUUUUUUUUAAUUGAAGUAUAGUUAAUUUAUACUAUUGAGUUUGAGGAGUCCUUAUAUAUCCUAGAUACAAGUCCUUUGUCAGUUAUGUGGUUGCUUAAAUUUUUAACAUAACUUCUACAAAGGAAAAAAUAAGUAAAAUUUACGAAGUCUUGUUACAUGGCAAGUCACUGACUUAAUUUCUGUUCUUAUGUAUUCCAUCUAGACAAUUAAGACAUAUGAAGUAUUAAAAAGUAACACAUCUGGAAGGAUCAUGAAUCGAGUAAAUACCUGAAAAUGUAUGUUAUAAAAGCAAAUCCAAUAAUCACUUUGGGAAUAUGAGGUGCCUAAAGGCCAAUACUAAGGUAAAUAAGAGAAAGUGUGGACACGAAUGACCAUGUUCAUAAACAACAGUGAAAAAUAACAUCACUUGAUAUUUUCCCCACUUUUCCCAAUAAAGUGGGUGGGAGUUUGUCCUUUCUGUAAUCUCUUUUUUUUAACCCUGCUGACUGUUACAGGGCUUGUCCCAUCGCAAUGACAAGCAUUACAGGACGUAGGGCUCUGCAGCUUGCAGUUAAGAAGCAGCGUGUUGGAAUUAACAGAGAACGGUGCUGUCAUGACCUGGAUAAAGUACAAAGGGGAAAGAGGGAGUGAGUUAUGUUGUUAAACUCUCAGGCCGUUCUGUAAAUGUUGCAGCUAUUGUGAACCCAAAAGCCUUUUUUUCCCCCUCUUUUUGACUCCCUGUAUGCAUUCCCCUGGUGUGGCAUAAAAGUAGUUCUGUCAUUAAUUUGUGCAACAUUGCCAUCUGCUGUUAAGAAUUGAUAGAUACUGUUUCUGAGAACCUGGCAGCCAAAUCUCACCAUAAGGGCAGCAGAUGUUGAGAAAGUCUAUCUGUGGUAUUACAUAUACUAAACAACAGAGGAUACAUCCAAGCAGGGAAGAGAAUAACCAAAUUUGUGAGUUAAGAUCCAUCCUUGGACGUUUAAAGGUGAAAUACUGUUCUGUACCAUUAGCCUAACAAGAAACUCUUUCAUAUUUCUGACUGGUGCCUUUCCCCUUUUUAGAAACAAUGAAAGCUACUCAGUUGGUUGUAGUCUUCUGUUCUGACAAAAUGUCAAAGAAGAAGAUAGGAGAGGAAAGUACUUUAUUUUGAUGAUGUUUUGUUCCCACAUGUGACUUUGUGAAACUGAAAUUCUUUCCUGUCCUUUCCUUUUACUCAUGCCAAGACUACAAACUUGGAAUUUGUGCUUUUGGUUUAAAGUUCAUUGAUAUCACAGUUUGAUUUUAUCUAAAAAGUAAAAUUAUUUGCCUUUGAUAAAAGACCAGUGCAAGAGCAAAUCAGCUUUAAAAACGAAGAUGUUAUCUGCUUUCCUCCAUUUUUGAACCUGUUAUUCAAAAAAGCCUGUAAAUUAUUGAUGAAAGUGAUAGUUUUAAGUAAGCUUUGUUAUACCAUUGUCAUAAACCCCUGUCAUAAGCUGUUUUUAUGUUUGUUUAAUGGAAAGAGGCAUGUGGGAUUUAUGGAAUUAUACAGAUUCACUUGUAAGUGUUGGAUUGGGGAUUUUUGUGUAAAUUUUCUCAAAUAAAGGCUAGCAGAAACUA